UUUUUUUUAAAGCAAAAGUCUACUUUCUUCUUUUGUAACAAUACUUUUUUUUUGUCAAAAUGUCAGCUCCCGAGACUAAACCUAAGGUUGAGAAGAAGGCAAAAGCACCUAAAGCUAAAGAAAGUGCUGCUAGUGCUUAUCCUCUUGAGAUGACACCCGCUCCUGAGUAUCUUCAACAUCGUAUGGAAAUGUUUGACAGAUUAAAGGCUGCCGCCGAUGCUGAAAUUGCCAAGAAGCCCCGUGAACCUAUCACGAUUACUUUGCCUGAUGGUUCAAAGAAAGAAGGUACUUCUUGGGAAACAACACCUAUGUCAAUUGCUAUUGAAAUUUCCAAGUCUCUUGCUGACCGCGUUGUGAUUGCCAAGGUUAAUGGUGAACUUUGGGAUUUGACUCGUCCUCUCGAAAGUUCUUGUGAUUUACAAUUACUUGAUUUUGAUAAUGAUGAAGGUAAGAUGGUUUUCUGGCACUCUUCUGCUCACAUGUUGGGUGAAGCUUGUGAACGUCAUUAUGGCUGUCACCUUUGUAUUGGUCCUCCAUUAAAGGAAGGUGGUUUCUAUUAUGAAAUGGGUGUUAAGGAUCGUGUCGUUUCUCAACAAGACUAUCCUAAUCUUGAAAAGUUGGUUACUCAAGUUGCUAAAGAUAAGCAAAAGUUUGAACGUCUUGUGAUGUCCAAGGAAGAUCUUUUAGAGAUGUUCAAGCAUAAUGCUUAUAAGGUUCAUAUUAUCAACGAUAAGAUUCCUGAUGGUACUUCUACUACUGUUUACAGAUGUGGUCCCUUAAUUGAUUUGUGUAGAGGUCCUCAUGUUCCCCACACUGGUCGUGUUAAGGCCUUUGCUGUUACUAAAAAUUCCGCUUCUUACUUCUUGGGUGAUGCCAAGAAUGACUCUCUUCAACGUAUUUAUGGUAUUUCCUUCCCUGACAAGAAGCUUAUGACCGAAUAUAAGAAGUUUAUUGAAGAAGCUGCUAAGCGUGAUCAUCGUAAGAUUGGUAAGGAACAAGAACUUUUCUUUUUCCAUGAAUUAUCACCUGGUUCUGCCUUUAUGCUUCCUCAUGGUGCUCGUAUCUAUAACUCCUUGGUUAAUUUAAUGAAGGAAGAAUAUCAAGUAAGAGGUUUCACUGAAGUCGUUACUCCCAACAUGUUUAAUUUGAAGCUUUGGAAUCAAUCAGGACAUGCAGCCAAGUAUAAGGAGAAUAUGUUCUGUUUUGAAGUUGAUAAGGAAGAAUUUGCAUUAAAGCCUAUGAACUGUCCUGGUCAUUGUUUAAUGUUUGCUCAUAAAGAAAGAAGUUACCGUGAUCUUCCUAUUCGUUUUGCUGAUUUUGGUGUCCUUCAUCGUAACGAAUUCUCCGGUGCUCUUUCUGGUUUGACUCGUGUUCGUCGUUUCCAACAAGACGAUGCACAUAUUUUCUGUCGUGUUGAUCAGAUUGAACAAGAAAUGGCUGGUUGUUUCGAUUUCUUAAAUCACAUCUAUGGUAUCUUUGGUUUUGAUUUCCACUUGAAACUUUCUACUCGACCUGAAAAUUAUAUUGGUGAACUUAGUGUUUGGGAUAACGCCGAAAAGAUGUUGGAAGCUUCCUUGAAUCGUUUCGCAGCUGAAAAGGGAACUACCUGGGAAGUUGAUCCUGGAGAUGGUGCCUUUUAUGGACCUAAGAUUGACAUUGUCAUUUCUGAUGCACUUCGUCGUAAGCAUCAAUGUGCUACUAUUCAACUUGAUUUCCAAUUACCUGAACGUUUCAAGUUGGAAUACCGUACGGAUGGAUCUGAAAAUAACAAUGCUAUGGCCCGUCCUGUCAUUAUUCACCGUGCCAUUCUUGGUUCAGUUGAACGUAUGAUGGGUAUUAUUAUUGAACAUUUUGCUGGUAAGUUCCCCUUCUGGUUAUCACCUCGUCAAGUUCAAGUUAUUCCCGUUGCUGCAGCCUUCUUCGAUUAUGCCAAGGAAAUUACAGACAAGUUAGUCACACUUGGUAUGCAUGCUGACGCUGACUUGAGUGAUAAUACCCUCAACAAGAAGAUUAGAAAUGCUGAGCUUGCUCAAUAUAACUUUAUCUUUGUUGUUGGUGAAGUUGAGCAAAAUACACGUUCAGUUAAUGUUCGUAAUAGAGAUGAUGUUGGAUCCAAGACUAAAGGACAAACCAUUCCCUUGGAUGAUGUUCUUGCUAGUCUUCAAAAAUUGAAGCAAACUAAAAGUUUAGAAAACAAACUUUAAACUUUAACUGUCUCCCAUCCCAUCAAAUAUAAAAUACAAAUAAAAUGUGUAAUUGACUUUUAAAAAAAAAAGAAGUGACCAUGUUUUUU